CAUUUCCAUUAUAUUUUCCCUUUUUAAAAACCUUUUUCCUUUCUAGACUCUCAGGGAACUGAGAGACUGCUCUCUCUCUCUCUCUCUCCCUCCAUCUGAACUGUUAUAUAUAAAUAUAUACAUAUACAUAUAACUCUCUCUCAUAUGGCUCUCUGAGAUCUACUACUGCUUGGUACAUAAACAGAUAGAUAUUGGCAGAUUGCAGACAGAAAGGGCUUAAAGCACAGAGAAAGAAUUGAAAUGCGGAAGGUCUAGCCCCAGGGAGGAAUUACUUUCUUCCCAUAGCCUUCCUUGAAUGGCUGUGUAUUCUUUAUGGUAUACAUUUCAGUAGUCAUGAUCAAGAGAUGAAUACAAGGUUAACAGUGUCACGACCUAGAAUGCAUUUGAUAUGAUUCAAACAUUAGUUCGGUCUGAUGAUACCUGCCAGAUUUACAGUUCUAUCACGCUAGCAGUCAGCAUGCUACUCAUUGUGUUAUGUGUGGAGGAAAUUGGGUUUGGUAUGAGGAAGUGCAUUUACUAGUACUCGAAGUCUCGCACUGUUGGGCUGUCUUUUGAUAUAUCUUACAUUCCUAAUUAUAUGCUUUGGAGAUGGUGGAUUCAAGUUUGGCUUUACCCUGAAGAAAUUUUUUUAGGAAGUUGCUAGCGUUCAGUUGAAUCAUCUGAAGUGUGGAAUCCUCCUUCAAAUGAUACGGUUUACUCAGCUUGGUUUUUAUUGCAAGGUUGACGUGGAGGGUGUUUUUUAAGCAUCUUACUGAAGUUGUACUAGCAUUUUGUUCACACUACCGAUCAACAUAAUGGAAGCUUGGAUGGUGAAUUCUAAACAUCAGUCAGGUGUCCUUCAUCGAGUACUUCCCGCUGUUGUUCCUGUGCUUCUGAUUUCAAUUGGAUAUGUGGACCCUGGAAAGUGGGUGGCAAUUAUUGAAGGAGGUGCGCAAUAUGGGUUUGAUCUGGUAGCACUAAUGCUGAUUUUCAAUAUUGUUUCAAUUUUGUGCCAGUGCUUGUCAGCUCGUAUAGGUAUAGUCACUGGAAGAGAUCUUGCUCAGAUUUGCAGCAAUGAGUAUGACAAGUGGACAUGCAUGUUUCUAGGAGUUCAAGUGGGGUUUUCAGUGAUUGCAUUGGACCUUACUAUGAUGCUGGGAGUGGCACACGGCCUAAAUCUUAUCUUCGGGGUGGACUUGUCUACUUGUGUUUUUUUAACCGCAAUUGAUGCUGCUUUAUUUCCACUUUUUGCCUCUUUUCUGGAGAAUCGCAAGGCAAAUCGAUUGUGCGUAUUUAUUGCUGGUUCUAUUAUGCUUUGUUAUGUUAUUGGAGUGCUUAUAAGUCAACCAGAAUUCCCUCUUUCUAUGAGUGGGAUGCUGACAAAGCUAAGCGGGGAGAGUGCAUUCACAGUGAUGAGUCUUCUUGGAGCAAGUAUUAUGCCUCAUAAUUUUUACCUCCAUUCUUCUCUUGUUCAGCAGCAUAGGGUACCACCAGAUAUCACAAAAAGUGCCUUCUGUCAUGACCAUUUUUUGGCCAUCAUCUGUAUCUUCAGUGGAAUUUACUUGGUGAAUUAUGUGCUUAUGAAUUCUGCAGCCACCGUAUUCAACAGUACUGGGCUUGUAUUGCUGACUUUUCCUGAUGCAUUGUCACUAAUGGAACAGGUUUUUAGAAGCCCAGUGGCGCCUUUAGCUUUCUCUCUAGUGCUUUUUUGUUCCAAUCAAAUCACAGCAUUAACUUGGAAUAUUGGUGGACAAGCAGUCAUACAUGACUUUCUCCGGCUGGAGAUACCUGGUUGGCUUCAUCGGGCGACAAUCAGAAUUAUCGCUGCUGUUCCAGCCCUUUAUUGUGUGUGCACUUCAGGAGCUGAGGGGGUUUAUCAAUUACUUAUGUUUACACAGGUUAUGGUAGCGCUGCUGCUUCCAUCUUCUGUGAUUCCCCUUUUCCGCAUUGCCUCCUCACGGCCAAUAAUGGGCAUCUACAAAAUUUCCCAGUUUGUGGAGUUCUUAAUACUGAUUGUAUUCGUGGGAAUCCUAGGUCUCGAGAUUAUAUUCAUUACGGAGAUGAUAUUUGGAAAUAGUGACUGGGUGAGUAAUUUGAGGUGUAAUAUGGGGAAUAGCUCUUCUGUCCCUUACGUCAGCCUCCUCAUCACUGCAUGUUUAUCUUUCGGUUUGAUGCUUUGGCUUGCGGCAACCCCAUUAAAAUGUGCAAGUGUCCAAUUUGAUAAGUCAAUGUGGAGCUGGGAUGUACAGAAAGUGGUACCUGAAGCCUCCAUACAGAGGGAGGAAAAUGAUUUAAGUGAUACUAGAUAUUAUGGGGAGGAAAUUGUUCCGGAGGAACAGUUACCGACACCAGGAAGGUUAGUGGAGAGUCAGUCAGACGUGCCUGUUGAAAAUUUUGACUGUGAUUUACCUGAGAAAAGAAAUAAGUUUGAUCAGGAACUCCAUUUGACUACCAUUGAGGAAAACAACUCUAGUUUUAUUUUACCCAACCCACCAGUAUGUGGUCAAGGGGAAUCAUUAUCCACUGCUGAGGCAGAACCUGUACUUGUGGCAGCUAGCGAAGUUACUGUUAGGGAUUUGUCUGGCCCCAUAACCACUGAAAUUGAAAUUACAGAGCCAGUUGAGAAGACAAUGGGUGUAGAGGGAGACCUACGAGCUGAAAAAGAUGACGAUGUGGUGGAGGGAGACUCUUGGGAGCCUGAAGAAUCAUCCAAAGAGGUUCCUGGCAGCAUCUCAUCGUUGGCUUCUGAUGGCCCUAGUUCAUUUAGGAGUCUCAGUGGAAAAAGUGAUGAAGGUGGUAAUGGUGCUGGAAGUCUGUCCAGAUUAGCAGGAUUGGGACGUGCUGCGAGGCGUCAAUUAGCUACUAUUCUUGAUGAGUUUUGGAGACAGUUGUAUGAUUCCCAUGGACAAGUAACGCAGGAAGCAAAGGCCAAGAAAAUGGAUGUGAUGCUAGGAGUUGAUUCAAAGGCUGCCCCAGCAUCACUUAAAGUUGAGAGUUCUGGGAAAGAAUUCAGUGGAUAUUUCCCUUCUUUAGGAGGAAGUGGAUGUGAUUCUCUGAUUAAUCCUAGUUUAUAUGACUCUCCCAAACAGCAGAGGGUGCAACAUGGCAUUGACUCAUCAUAUGGCGUUCAAAGGGGGUCUUCCACCUUGUGGUCCAAUCACAUGCAGUUGCUAGAUGCCUCCUUUCAGAAUUCUAGCCCCAAUGUUUAUGAUUCCAGUGAGAGGCGUUACUCUAGUUUGCGCAGUCUCCCUUCUUCUGAUGGCUGGGAUUAUCAGCCAGCAACAGUACAUGGUUAUCAAAUUGCAUCUCAUCUCAAUCGUCUUAAGGAGGGAACUGCUGAAUGCCUGCAUCCUCAAAUGGAGUCAUCAGUCCAGAGUUCCCCAACCUUGGGGCCUGCAAACUAUAGAGACUCCCUUGCUUUUGCUUUGGGGCAAAAAUUGCAAAACGGGAUGAGUGCCACACCAGCACCUGGAUUUCAGAGCCAUGCAGUAUCCAGAAUCAGUCCAUUACAAUCAGAGAGACCAUAUUAUGGUGUAUCCUCUUCAGGACCUGCUGAUAAUACUGGUACGUCCGCCAAUACGAAGAAGUAUCAUAGCCUACCAGACAUUUCAGGACUCUCUGUUCCUUAUCGGGACUUACCCAUGUCUGAUAAGAGUGUGCAAUGGAACAACUCCUUAAAGUAUGGAACAUCAGUAAGUAGAACAAGCUAUGACCAAUCCUUGUAUGCAAAUGCUGGAUCCAAGGCUGGAGCCCCCUUGGCUUUUGAUGUGCUCUCUCCGUCAAAAGCAUACAGAGACCCAUUGUCCUUCCAAUUGAGUUCUAGCUCCAGCUCUGGAUCUCUCUGGUCCAAACAGCCUUUUGAGCAGUUCGGUGUGGCUGAUAAAAAUCGUGCUACUGUGAGUGAUGGAAUGGGAAGUAGAUCUAAUUCAGUUGCUCAAGAAACUAGUUCUGUUGGGCGUUCUGAGGGCAAACUUCUUCAGUCUCUUAGACUAUGUGUCGUUAAGUUACUUAAAUUGGAAGGUUCUGAUUGGCUGUUUACACAAAAUGAUGGAGCUGAUGAAGACCUGAUUGAUCGGGUGGCUGCAAGAGAGAGGUUCUUGUAUGAAGUUGAGAACCAGGUGGACCACAUGGGUGAACCUCAUUAUUUGCCUUCUGAUAGGAUGUCUGGUUCUGCUUUAAAGAAUGAUGAGGCAGGUUUUCUGAUCUCUUCAGUUCCUCAUUGUGGCGAGGGUUGUAUUUGGAAACCAGAUCUGGUGAUAAGCUUUGGAGUGUGGUGCAUUCAUCGAAUCCUUGACCUAUCUUUAAUGGAAAGCCGACCAGAGCUGUGGGGAAAAUAUACUUAUGUCCUGAAUCGUUUACAGGGAAUUAUAGACCCAGCAUUCUCAAAGCCCCGUAGUCCCGUGUCUCCAUGUUUCUGCCUUCAGAUACCUGCGUCGCAUCAGCAGAGAUCUAGUCCACCUGUUGCUAAUGGCAUGUUGCCCCCAGCUGCCAAACCAGGCAGGGGGAAAUGCACAACUGCGUGUAUGGUUUUAGAGACAGUCAAGGAUGUAGAGAUAUCAAUAUCUUGCCGGAAGGGUCGGUCAGGCACUGCUGCUGGUGACGUUGCUUACCCCAAGGGAAAGGAGAAUCUGGCUUCUGUACUGAAACGCUACAAGAGACGAUUGGCCAACAAGCCUGCAGUGUCUCAUGAAGGGAGUGGUUCACGCAGAGUUUCGACACCCGGUACUACCUAUGGUUCAUAGACGUUUGCCCACAGUCCCGACCCCAAUAUCGUUCAUCACUGUUUGAGCUGUUAGAUUUUGGAAAGCAGCUCAUGGAGUUUGCUAGGUUGGAUUCACAUACUCUCCUCUUCUUUACAGUUUCUUCCCCUCAUCCCCUGCUUCUUCUUCAUGUUUACCAAAUUUCCCUGCUGCAAAUUCUAUGACCUUGUAUGUUAUGUAUACAUAGAGGAUAAGAAUCAGUGGAUAUGUAAUUGCAGCAAAAUUAAAGAAAAUGGUUAGAAGUUGGCAAAUUUGGUUUGCAAUUCUUGUUCGGCAAAAUGAUUUCAGUUAUUGGUCAAAUCUCUCUCUC